AAUUAUUAUUUUCCAAAAAAGUACACAUGCAUAUAAAUAAAUACACAUAUACAAUGCAUACAUAUUUAAAUAGCCGCUCUUUCUUUCCCAGCUUUUUAUUUUAUUUUCCGCUUUCUUCCCCCCCUCUCUUUUUUUGCAUUUUUAAUAUUCUUCCUAGUUUUAGCUAAUUUUUUAUUGUAUUUUAGCUUAGCAUGUCUUCGUUUGACAGCCUGCCGCACACUGUCACCACGCUUAUUCUGGACUAUGCUGUUAGCGACCAUAUGGAUACUAUUGGCGCGUGGAAGACCAAGCUGCCACUGCUGGCGACAUGCAAGCAGUGGAGGACAAUAGGAAAAUCGCUGGUUUACAAAACCAUCUAUUUUGAGAGCAAACCCCCAGGUAUCGACAGAAGCAGCAGCAACGAUGAUGAGCAGGGGCUGGAACCCGGUUCUUUUGGUACUAUAUACGACAAUUCGCGAGUGGCAUCAAACAUGAACUUGGUAAAAACUGUCAACGCAAUGUGCAAAAUUAAACGUAUGGCUAUCAAAAUGAGCCACUCUGAGCAUGUCAGGUGGCUAACUCUAGUACUGAAGCGGGAGCACUGUGCAGACGCGGGCUGCUGGAACACAAUAGAACUGCUGCAGCUUUCAAUUGACCAUGACAACCGCGUGGACACGCCCAGCGAGAAAGACAUUGGCAUCAAGCUAGAAUCCAACGAGUGGGAGCGCGAACUAGCGUCAUUGCUGGCUGCCACAAAGCAAUUGAUGCCUGUAAUACUGACACUCGAGCUGCGUGGCAAUAGAACCAGUGUGACAGAACCGUUUUACAACAGGAUUAUUGAGCAGUAUUCAGGCCGGGUCCAAAGCGUCAGCAACGUGUUGCCAGCAAACAUUUGUGUGGCCACGCUUCCAGAAAAUUUGACAUGCUUGGUCAUUGUGCCUGACCUCACAGCGGCGCAGUUGAUUUCUAGGACAUGUAAAAAUACGUUACAACUGCUCAACUUAAACGACACACCUCGCGAAUUUUCAUGGAUGUAUUUUCAGAGCAGUCCAACCGCCAGCGAUAUUGUGUUUAAGAGUCUAAGAACAUUAAAGGUAUAUUAUGCACUGGUUCAGCCAUCCAACUGCGGAGCUCCUAAAAAACCCCCUGGCAGUUGGAGGCAUCGUUUAGAUUUAAAUUUUGUGAACAGGGUGUGCUUCCCAAGGCUCGAGACACUCGGUAUAUUCAACAGACCAACAGACUGCGAUGUCUUGCUUUCCGACGAGUAUCCGCUCCAAAUAUUGGACUUGGAGCUGGCCAACACCCUGCUGGCAAAACCUCCGAUUGAAAGCGUAAGCGUCCAACGCGUAGAAAAUGUGCACCUGCUUUUUGAUAACAUUUUGUACAAAUACUCUGACGAGUUCUACAGAACUUUAAACUACAUGUUGAGCGGCAUUAAUGUCUUGCAAAUGGCCACGCUAAAGAUUAGAAACAUGGACUUUAUUUUGGAUUCGGGGCGAACUAACUGGGUCAACCUGACACACCUGAGAUUCGACAAGCUUGAUUGCCGACGACUGUUCCGGAUUCUGCCUCGGACACCCAGCCUAAUAAGCAUGACGGUUGACAACUUUAUAACAAAGGGAGUGAUGGGGAUGUACCUUGAGGACGAGGAAGAGAUGAGCGAGUCUAUCGAACCCUUGGCCUCCAACGUGCAAAAUCUGGCGCUGGUUAACAGAACAAGAAGCGAUACAAAAGACUGGUUUAUACAGUCUAUAGUUAUCAUAUUGAUGCAUAUGCCGUUAGUGCGCAACUUUUGCAACACGUCAGACACCAAAAACGCGGUGAAGGCAUAUAUUGACAAGUACAAGGACAAAUACCCACAUUUUCGCGAGUUGGCCGUGUACGACCAUCUUCCACGCGCGAGCCAUGGUGACAAGCUAUUCUUUGAAUAGAAAAGAGGCAAUAUUGUAAUUGACAUAAUAUACUUGUUUAUUUGUAUUUUAUUAUUUGUAUUUUCUUGAAACGAACUAUUUUUUUUGACGGCAGUAAUAUGCGAUUUUGAA